AUGAGUCACUACGAAAGCUCGAGCUGUCAUGCAACUGCUGCAAACGGAUGGAAAGCUGUGGUCGCGUCUCUCCGUUACUUGCCGACGUACGAUGUGCUGGCCCUGCCGGAGAUCAAUGUCUUCGGCGUGUCUCACUGCGGCAGAAAAUAUCUACAACCACCACGACCAGUUCCCAUUUCGGAUCCUUCCUUUGGCCCAUUUCUGGAUCUUCGGUGA